AUGGAUGUCAGAAACUCCAUGAAGAAGCAAAACGACGUUGCGAUGAUUCUUUUCAGCCACGUCGUCUCUUUGGCCGCCAAAGGGAACAUCGUAUUCUCGCCGGCGUCAAUAAACUCCGCCAUAACUAUGCACGCUGCUGGUCCCGAAGGUGAAUCAAUCGCCAACGAAGUCGUCUCCUACCUCAGAUCUUCUUCAAUCGAUGAGCUUAAAGCCGUCUUUCAAGAAAUCUCCUCCGUCGUCUUCGCCGACCACAGCACAAGCGGCAGCCCAAAGAUCACGACGGCGAAUGGCCUCUGGAUCGAGAAAUCACUUCCGAUUGAUCCCAAGUUUCAGGAUCUCUUCGAGAACUUCUUCAAGGCUAUUUACGCUCCAGUAGAUUUCCGAUCUAAGGCAGAGGAAGUGCGUUCGAGGGUGAAUGCAUUUGUUGAACGUCACACUAACAAUCUCAUCAAGGAUCUUCUUCCUCCUGGUUCCGUCACAGGAGCAACCAACAUGAUUUACGGAAACGCAUUGUACUUCAAGGGAGCUUGGAAAACGCCAUUUGAUAAGUACUGUACAAGAGACAGAAAGUUUCACCUUCUGAAUGGUGGAUCAGUCUCUGUGCCAUUCAUGAGCAGCGGUUGUGACCAAUACGUAAGAGCUUACGAGGGUUUCAAGGUCCUCAAGCUCCCUUACCGACAAGGCCCUAAUGAUACAAACCGUGAAUUCUCAAUGUACUUCUACCUCCCGGACGAGAAAGAUGGAUUGGAUAAUCUUUUGGAGAAAGUGGCAUCUAUCCCUGGAUUCGUGGAUGGUCACAUUCCGAGUUACGAAGUUGAAGUUGCAGAAUUUAGAAUUCCAAAGUUUAAGAUCUUAUUCGGGUUUUCAGCUACAAGUGUUUUGGGCCGUUUGGGGCUGCGUUCGUUAUCGUUGUAUCACAAAGCAUGUGUCGAAAUUGACGAAGAAGGUGCUGAAGCUGCAGCUGCAACUUGUGAUGAGCAUAUGGGAUGUUCUCUUUACUGGGAGCCUCCUAAGAAGAUAAGUUUUGUUGCUGAUCAUCCAUUUCUUUUCUUUAUUAGAGAAGAUAAUACCGGCACUGUUUUGUUCGCUGGCCAGAUCUUAGAUCCUUCGAAAUCUUAUUAG